AUGGAAUGUCUAACAAGGCUUUUCGCCGGCAACUAUGGCUGAGACAUCGCUUGUGAAAGCCCCAGAACUAGAUAGCCCGCCGACAAGGCCCUACCAUGCGAAGCGCCCUCACAAAAAGUCCAGGUCCGGCUGCCAGAACUGCAAGGCGCGAAAGGUGAAGUGUGACGAAUCGAGGCCCGUCUGCCGGUCAUGUAAACUGCGAAAGGCCGAGUGUGUCUAUGUCUUACCCCAAAAGCCGCAUCACUCCCCCGUGACGGCGUCAGCGUCAUGGCAUUCGAGCUCGAGCUCGAGCUCGAGUUCGAGUUCCUUCGAGAGUCGACCACUUACACAUCUUAUCAAGUCCGCGACGUCUUCAACAAACCUCGCCAGCAUAUCUUCGGCAUCGUCGUUUCUAUUUUCCUCGCCCAUACUCCCAUUGGACGAGAGGGUUAGUGACCAGACUGUUACUAUACCUGCUGAGCUACUAUGGUGUCCGAUUGGCAUUGACAAGGCGGAUAUGAAGGCGUUAUGGUUCUAUUCGACUCAGACAUGCGGCUCUUUUUCUACUGUCGCAGACGACGGGCAUAAAUAUAUCAUGAGAAGCCUAUUGGUUCGAUAUGGAUCCGAAUCUCCGUUUCUCCUCGACUCCAUCUUCGCCCUCGCUAGUCUACACAUGCAACGUCUAAAUCAGCGGUUCGAUCCGAAGCGUGCUCUGGCAUACCGGGUCAAGUCGUUGGCGGGAUAUCGCAAGGCAAUUGAAGAAGCUAACCCGGGAGACUUCCCUGCUCUGCUUGCCAACUCUCUGCUCCUAACGGCUUUGUCAUCCGAGAACUUCCGGGAGCCAGACGGCGCUCAUUUAUAUAUCCUCGACUGGCUUGUUGUGUGGAAGGGCAUCACCCUCGUCAUCGAUCUUGUUUCCAAGCCUACUGUGGUCGAGAGUGGUUUAAAGAGCCUCUUCUACCGUCCUCCCACCGACGUGGUAAAAUCUGCCACCUUUAUCCCCCGUCAACUUCUCCUCCUGGUUUCCUCCAUCACUCCAAGUGACCCCGAUUACUCCUAUAGUGAGGCAUAUAUUGAGACGUUGAAGUACUUAGGCAGUCUAUACAUGGACUUGGUUCAAGGGCCUUCAUCCAUGAUGAGUUUAAGGAUUAUAACCAUCUUCACAUUUCUUCCUACCAAGUUCAUCGAUGUCGCGCGUAUGUCGCGACCGCGAGCUCUGAUCAUCCUUGCUUACUUUGCGACUUUUUUCAAGCUGGUUCAACGGGAAGUUUGGUGGCUGGAGGGCGUGGGAGACCGCACAAUAAGAGACAUUUGCGGCCAUCUUGAUCUGGAAUGGCAAGACUUCUUACAAGUUCCAUGUGCGGCCCUUGAUGCUCAAGGCCGCAAGCAACUGUCCAAGAUCAUACUUGAAGAUACCGAGCUGGACUCGCCUCAAAACUACUUUCUAGAAUACGAAGCACACGUGGACCAAACACAAGAUUUGCUGCGAGAUUACUGUUCUCAUUAGCUUCGUCUUGUCAUGUCUCUAGAGUCUUCGUCAUCUAGAAUAUUUGAACUUGUUUGGAUAGAACUUUGAUAAUAAUAUGAUGAAUUUAAAAAUGG